AUGCAACUUGACUCUACCUUUGGAAAACUGUAUGCAGAUUUCGAAACUACGAUAGUUUACUCUUCAAAUGGCAAAAUUACAUCUCUUUCCCAACCCAUAAUUCUACCCACUGUUUACGAUGAAGACGAUAAUACCACCUGGCGACCGCUUCCUAUGGAUAUCACCCUGACGGCAUUUGACUACUUUAGACUUAAACAGCGUACAGACAAGCACAGGAGAAUACUCGAAGUUCUACUGAAGCACUACGGUCUUGAACGCCAGGUGAUUUUGGAAGAACGCUAUACAGACCUCUAUGACACCAGUUCGGAAGACGAGUCAGAACCUCCGUCGGGAUUCGACAGAUCAAAACUAACAGAGAUCAUUGCAACCAACCCUCUUUCUGCAAUUCGAGUCCUAGGUGGACGCCUGGGUAUUGAUUGGGAUGAACUUUGUAUGCUGGUUGAAAGGCGUCAAUUUGAGACACAUUCCGUCCGUAGUAAACGCCCAGCCGCGCCACGCUCCGAGGAUGGGAAACGCAAGGUACAGCCUUUCCCAACGAUCGCGGAACUGGUGCCGCAAUCGCCUUACGAUAACCCGUCUUUUAACGAUUCAUCUGACAAGGCCACCCAACUUGGAUAUGAUUAUAAGGGUUCCCGCAGCAGUUUAGACCAGCCCAAGCUCAAAGACCCAGAAGGCGAUCUUUUGCGGAGAAUGGCGAGAGAAGGUUCGGUCCAUAGCAGUCCUCCGAGUCAUGGCGGAAGAUCCGCUGUCAAUCCACCCUCACUGAAUUUGACUGAGCCGUUGACUCCCUCUCAACUGAAAUUAUGA